GCAAAUCACAUUCUUUCUCAUGUUAGUUUAAUUGCAGAAAACUGGCAACUUGUCUUUCCAUCAUUUUACCGCCAUCACUUUAUUCUCUGAAAUCUCCGGCACAGCAAGAGUGUAUCAUCGUAUCAAUAACAUGGGAGACCUUAAAGAUGCUGCUCAGUCUGGUGACGGAUCAAAGGCCAAAACCCAAGAAAAUAUGGAAACAGUUGACAUAGAAAGUGCACAAACACUUGAACAAACCAUCGAACAGAGAACCCUUGCUGCAAAUGCUGAAAUGGCAGCUUUGUUAGCUAAUCCUUUAUAUUGUUUACCAAAAUCUGUAAGGAGAAAUGUCAGAGCCUUGAAAAAGCUCCAACUGGAACAUGUUCUCAUUGAAGUUGACUUCUUCAAAGAACUGCAUGAUCUUGAAAUAAAAUAUGAAAAGAAAUUCAACCCACUAUAUGAAAAGCGUACUGCCAUUGUGACUGGUGCUUAUUUACCAACAGAAGAUGAAUGUGAUUACCAGUCAGAUAAUGAAAAAGAAAUUGAAUUGGCAGAUGCCGUGCAAAAAGUAAAAGUUGAAGAUGAAGAUUCUGGUGAAAAAGGAGAUGGAAAUGAGCCUGUUAAAGGCAUUCCAGAGUUCUGGCUGACAGCACUUAAGAAUGCUCCUGCCAUCGCUGAUAUGAUUGAGGAAUAUGAUGAACCUAUUCUAAAACAUUUGAUUGACAUUAAAGCAGAAACAUACAAAGAUCCCAUGAGCUUUUUGCUGGAAUUCCACUUUGAAUCAAAUGAAUAUUUUACUAAUACUGUCCUAACAAAAUUCUAUGAAUUAAAAUGUUCGCCAGAUGAAACUGAUAUCUUUGCAUUUGAGGGGCCAGAAAUUGUUAAAAGCAAAGGUUGCACUAUUGAUUGGAAGAAAAACAAAAAUGUAACAGUCAAGACAAUUAAGAAGAAGCAAAAGCAUAAGGCCAGAGGAGCUGUUAGAACUGUUACCAAAACUGUUACAAAUGAUUCUUUCUUCAAUUUCUUCAGUCCUCCUGUUGUUCCUGAAAAUGAAGAGGAUUUGGAUGAAGAAGCACAAGGCAUAUUAAAUAAUGAUUUUGAAGUUGGAAAUUUGAUUAAGGAUAGAAUCAUUCCUCAUGCUGUCCUCUUCUUCACGGGAGAAAAUCUUGUUGAUGAUGAUUUUGAUGAAGAAGAUGAUGAGGGUGAUGAAGAGGAUUUUGAUGAGGAUGAAGAGGAAGAGGAAGAAGAUGAUGAUGAAAAUGAUAACCAGUGCCUGAAUCGUAAGAAAUCUCGAGGCCAGUCGGGAAAUACUCAACAACAAGCUCCUCCUGAAUGUAAACAGCAAUAAUGCUUUUUUUAGAACUUUGAUGCCAUGUUUAACCCGUUCCAUUAUUAAGCUUACUGCAAGAAGUUGCACUGUGUUAAUAAAGUUGCUUUUAUAAAAAGUC